AUGAGCUUCCAAGACCUGGAGUCGGGGCUUCACCCAGCUCGGACGCAACCCACUCUCAACCCACAAUCUCGCCAGGAUGCCUCAUUCCUCGAGCUGCAGUCAUCAUUGUCGCUACAGGUGUUCAAAAUGAAUGCCAAUGUGCAAGCCAUCCUCAGACUCGUCGACCAACUCGGUACUGCCAAAGAUUCGGCUGGAAUCCGCAAGAGUUUGCAUGAUCUCACCGAAACGACCCGAGAGAUGGCCAAACGGGGCUCUGACGACCUCAAGAAGCUGAAGACGCUGCAAAUGAGUCUGCCCCACCAGAAGACUGCAUUGCAAAAAACGUCGCACGACUUGGAAAUGUCGGUCGUUGCCUUCCAGCGCGCUCAGCAGCUGAGUGCGGAGCGUCAAAGGACAGUAGUCGCUGGAGUACGAUUAGCAGUGGAAGAUUCUCCUCACCAGGAGCAUGAGGACGACACACCUAGUGAACGACAAGCACUCCUUUUGCAGCAACAGCUUUCACCACAUGAACUCGCAUAUCAGGAGUCGCUUAUUCAAGAGCGGGAGCAGGAAAUUCGAGAGAUCGAAACUGGCAUCCAUGAAAUUGCAGAAAUCUUCCAAGACCUCGGAACGUUAGUUCACCAACAGGGCACUAUGCUUGAUAAUAUCGAGUCCAAUAUUUCUUCGGUCGCCGUUGAUGUCGAGAGUGGCGCUGACGAGCUACAUUCUGCGGCGGAGUAUCAACGCAAAGCCGGACGAAGAGCCGCUUGCUUAAUGCUGGUCUUGGUGUUCGUGACUGCGAUCGUUUUAUUAGCGAUUUUGUCAUGA